CAACACCACCACAACCAAUAUAACCAUCUACCAAUAACAACAGCAUUCAAACCGACAUUACGAGUCACUUUGCACCUUCCUUGUUCAUCAGGAUCACCAACGCACGCUCUGGACGCUAUUCAGUCGCUGAUCGGCUUCUAAGCGACACCCCUAUCGCACACGCAUACACACUUCUUACUGGAACAGCAUUCAGCUGCAAACCACCACUUUUUCUUCUUCGUUCCCGUUAUAAUAAGCUACGCUCGCAUCUGACAAGAACUUGGUGAACUGAUCAACAAAGGACACACGCUGCGCGGCAGCUUCCCGACGACCCGCGCAGGGCCAAACAUUACAUUCUCAUUUUACAAACCGAUUCAGAAACCAUAUUAAUGACCUCACCAUCAUCCUCACACCGUUCCGUCCAGCCCGUAUCUCUCAGACCCUCCCGCUCCUCUCCACCCUCUCCAGCAACUCAACUCGCCUCCCACCUCCUCUUCGCCGCAUCCCUAGCAGCGACAGCAGCCAAAAACACCGCAUCAGUCGCGAAAUCGACGUACGACGUCACCCAACAAUACCGAGCUGGCGAAGUCAAUGCUCGAGCACUACUAACGAACGCGAAGAAGGAGAAGGCGACACAAGAAGGUGACAGAGCGGACGUCGAGUUUGGUGGGAGGAGGGUGUGGUGUACCUGGCGGGAUGGACGGGUUAGUGCGUGGGAAUGGGAUGGGCUUGAGGCAGGGCAGAUGAGGGAGGUUAUGGGGAUGGAGUUGGCGAAGGGUGCCGGGACGAGAUUGGCGAGGGUUGUGCCGAUGGAUCCGCCGCUUACUCUGCUGGUGGGUCCUGCGGGUGUCAGCUUCAAGCUGUUCGGGAGAUCGAAGCCAACGGUGUUGCCUUUGCCGGAUCACAUCAACGCGACCGACAUCAUCGAUAUCCAGACUUCACGUUCCUACAUCGCUUUGUUGACACAUUCCCACGCUUAUAUUCUUGCCAGCUCGGAACCCACUACUGUCCUUCGUACAUUCUCGAUCGCUCAGAACGCGCUCUCACGCCCCAUCUUCUCUCUUCGAGGCAGGUGGGCAGUCUUUGCACACUCGAGUCCGAUCAACGGAUUCGCACCACAGCCUGUCUCGUCCGCGAGGCCAACUACCCCCGAGAGUCUGGUUGGUAUGCUUUCAAGGGCCACGGCAUUGAUUCCCACGUCAGAGCCUACCGCACCACGGUAUUUCUCAAUCUACGACCUCGUGAGCGGAAAGCACAUGGCGACCUAUUCCGUCCCGGCACCAAACGGGAUCGCACAUGUAUCACUCUCUCCGAGUGGGACAAGACUCCUUGUCGUUCCGCCGGGGGCACGGACAGUUGAUGUACUCGAACUCCUCGAUCCACGUUCUGCUGUACGCAUUUCGCGGUUGACGAGGGGGUUGAGAGCGGCGGAGGUAGAGGGUGUUGUGUGGAGUUUGAACGGUGGACGGGUUGGUGUUAGGAUCGUUGGUGUAGGGAAUGUGAGUGUUUUUGAUGUGGAGGGUGGCGGGGACGUCAAGGUUUCGGCGCGGGUGUGUGCGUUGCCGGGGAGUCGUGGGGUGCUAACUGUUUCCGAAGAAGGCGGUGGGCUGGUCCUGAAGUUGGGUAAGGUCGUGGUCAAGGAUGGACAGGAACGGUCGGUGGUGGGUAUGAGUGAGUGGAAGUUACCACCAGCGACGUCCUGCGCAGCACCCCUUCAGGAAGAGAAGACUGUUCCGCCGCAGAAGGGGUUGAGUCUCAUUCUAGCACAUGCAGAGAUCGAUACCUCCCGUGGCUGGAAAUCAAUCUGGACAGACCCCUCAACAUCCCUCUACCGUCUCCCCUCUGCAAACCCAUGGCCCUCCCUCUUCGGCCUCCCCGAAUCCCGCGGCGAACUGAUCGACCUCGGCCUCGCACGCGGCCAAGUCGAGUUCACGUCCCCUACCGAAGAAGAACUCGGACUCGAGAAAGCGCUGGCGGAGGAUAUGGCGAUGAGUAAGUUCAUCCCUGGACAUCCGGCGCCAUUACCGAGGUUGGGAACGUCGCCGGGGAAGAGGGUCGUUAAGGUUGGUCAGGCGGGGGCGAAGAUGUUGUGGAAGGGAAUGGAGGGGAUGAAUAUUAAUAUUUCGCCGAGGAGGGUGAGCGGGGGUGUGGGAGAUGAGGGGAGUGGGACGAGUGUGAGUUUUGAGGAUGAGGGAGAGGUCGAGGUCAUUGAGCGAGCUGCUCUCGGCGAGGCUGAGCAAGAGGAAUUGGAGGGUUGUUCGAGGGAGGGUGUCAAGCAUGCUGUGUACGAUAGUAGUGGUCGUGAGAGUCCCAUGCCACAUUUUGGAGACCCGGAUGAUGAUGGGAUGGAGAGUGUAUUUAUCGGGGAUCGUUGAGCGUGUGAUAUUGUUGGACAAGGCAGAUGUGUGAGAUUGUAAGCUGUCUUUUCUUGGAUUCGUAUACAUGGAUGGCUAUGGGUGUUUUGAGGUUCCUUUUAGGGUUUUUUGGGGG